AUGAGUGCCUGGGAUGGAGGGGUUAUUCACGAUCGAGAACUUGACAUGCGGAUCUGUCGCGUCGAACUCGACGGCCUCCGCCUGCAGAUCCUGCAUUCGGGUGAGAGCUCACGGGGCGCCGGCUACGUGAACCUCCUCUUCUUCCCCCCGGCGCGGAUGAGCAGCUUCCUCUCCCACCUGAGGGACAGCUGCUUCACCUCCACCUACUUCAACACGACCGCCGGCACCGCCGGCAACAAGAUCAUCGCGUGCAGCAGCGACGCCAACUGCAACAGCCUUUGCACCUGCACUUCUUCCAACUGUUAUCUGAAAACUCUGGGAACGACGAGGUUCUCAUUGAGGAGCAACUAUAAUAACUUCCUGAGUUGCCUCAGGACGAUCAGUGGCUGAGAUGGCGAUGCAAGAAUUUUGCUUCAAAUAUUGCUUCACUUUCAGCAUUUUCAUCCUUUUCAUAAUUUUUUUUUUUAACUUGCAGCAGACCUUGUGAUGAUGAGACGGGUCCGAGGAUCCUCCAUAUUCGCCUCGGAAUUUUUCGCGAACUGAAAUUUUUUUCUUUGAGUCCUGAAAGUACUUUUUUCGGUCACGAUUCCCUGACACAUUUUGAAGCUGAGCACCUGAAUGUGAAAUCCUUUUCGAAAAUCAAAACUGCACAGGCGUUUCUGAAACGAAGGCACUAAAUAGUAAAUAAAUAAUACAAAUAAUAAAUAAAUAACAUCGCUAUUUUCAGAAACGGUUCAGUAAAGAGAGAAAGAAUAAAAGCUGUAAAAUAAACCCAGUAAUGCGAAAAGUGACAGGAGUUCUGAGACACCCAAAACCUCAACAUAUACAUUUUCCAUGAUGGAAAAGAUUCCUUUGAAGUGCUG